AUGAACGUCAUCUACUACGCAAGUAGAACGCUAGAUGAUGCUCAAACCCGUUACGACGACAACCGAGAAAGAAUUACUAGCCGUGAGUUCGAUAUCGAGAUCGUCGACAAGAAAGGCACCGAGAAUAGCGUGGCCGAUCAUCUAUCAAGAUUGAGGAUUGAGGGAGAUGUUCCCAUCGAUGACUCUUUGCCUGAGGAGCAACUUAUGGCUGCUAAGAUCGUGGAUAGAGGCUACUUGACCAAGUGCCGGCUGGAAGAGGCGUGA